AUCAAAUUAUCUUCCGGAUGUGUACAAUCUGUAGAGAGAAAAAGGGAAACGCAGCAAACAAGAAGUCUGCUGGAGAUAUCUAAAAUAUUUUGGAAUAUAGUGAUUUUUAACGGCUUCAAACGAAAAUGAAGGAUCUACAGGUUGAUCCGACAAGUACUACGAGUUUGCAGGCUCGUCCCGUGAACGAUAGCAAGUUGUCAGAAGUUGCUGGCCAGAACAAUUUGGAUAAGGGAUCAGAGAAGAUCAAUGAUUUGUCAAAAGUAGAUACUGUGAAGAAGACAUCAGUGAAAGUGGAAAAAUCAGAUGCACAGCAAAAGACCAUGGAGAAGAAGGAAGAAAUGAAGAAGACUGCCCCAGCCCCCAAGGAGGGGGACAACAUCACAGAGAAAAAGGAGGCCACAGAGACAAAGGAGGUAGAUCUAAGUAAAGAGUUUGCCAAAAUGUCCAUGAAUGGUGGUGUCAAUGGGGGUCUUGUGGACAAAGUCAAUGACCCAGAAAAAGAACUCAAUACACUGACCAGCAACUUGUCUCUCAAUGAUGAUGAUGAUGUUAAACUCAAUGGAGAGGUCAAAUCUCGAGGGCCAAGUGGUGGAGUUGCCAGAGUGCCAUUUUCACAGACUCACUCCUACAAGUCAUUCAACAACUAUGCAUGCCAGCCCAACACUGGCUUUAAAGGUGGGAAACGCACAAUGGACCAUGAUGAGUUUUCAUAUCAGAAGUAUGGAAAGCCAUUGGAUGAACUCUUCACCAACUCUGGUCUGAACCACGAGCUUCAGAACAACAUGGAUAUCAAUGCUUAUCAGAUGACAUACUCUGUGGAUAAAAUGUCAGCUGGUAAAUUCAUGAAGCCAGUAUCGCAGCCAAACUAUGAAAGUCCACAAGCAUUUAACACUGACCAGUUCCUUGACUCAUUGGGAGGCCAGCAGGACAACACAGCAGGUUAUGGAGGUAGUACCUUUUUGGACAAUACAAUGUUUGGAAAUUAUGGCCAUGCACCCAUGCCAAAUGGGAUGCCUACUGGAAUGUACAAUGGGGGAAUGCCCAUGAUGCCUGGACAGAAUGAUUGCAUAAAUGCCAACUUCAGCAACAACGAGCUCAACAACCAGUUGAACAACACAUUUUCACCAGAACAGAGUUUUACAGAGAGACAGAAUGAAAAAUCUGAUUAUAGUGAAACUGAGUCAGAUAUGGAGAAAAGUCCUUAUUCCUUCACCACUAACUCACCUGCCAGUCAAAUGUCACUGAAUUCUCCACCACCAUCUGUAGACAGUGGAUAUGGUGGAUAUGCAGUUCCCAGUCCACAGUCAGACAUCAAAUCCCCCCAGUCACAUACUGGUACCUCCCCACCAAGCACUGCCAUGAGUCCAAUGCCAGCUUCUACCGAGCUUGAUAACACAUCAGAAUAUAUUGACAAGAAUAUGGACAAGCUGCAUGAUGUGUUGGAAAUUCUGGCUAAAGAUCUGAAAGACAAAGAAACUCCUAAGCCACAGUAUCAAGCUCCUCAAGAAAAUUUCAGUCCAAAAGCUGUUCAGCAGAGCCCUGUAUCAAGGGCUUUCAGUCCACAGCAAAUCAAACCAGUGGUUUCAGCUGCAAAUGGAUUCCCUCAAACAUCUUUGGCAGGCUCUCAACCAAACAUGGCUAUGAAUCUUCAGCAUCAAAUUUCAACUCCACCCAUGCCAAUACAGCAACAGCCUUUGUAUAUGGGAUCAAAGCCACAAAAAAUUCCCCCAAUGACCAAUGGUCAGCCUAUCAGGAUGCAGCCUGCAUAUGUUCCACAGCCGCAACAAGGCAAUACUAACUGCCUCUCCCCAAGCACCCCCACCAGUAAUCAGGUCAUCAUCCUACCCCCUAACACCAUGAGCCAGUCAAUUCUGAGCCCUACUGCAGGCAUUGGCCAUGGUCACAACCUAAUCAGCAACACUCCCAAAGGAAUGGUCCAACCAACCCCAGGGUUGGCUUCUAGUCCAGGCAUAAUAAAGCCAGCAGUACCUACCACUCAGCCAAUCACAACAACAAACUCAUUUGUUAUUGUUAACAAUGCCAAUGGUGGAACUCCUAUUACAUCUGUACCAGUUCCCAUCCCAGCUGGGGGGACCAGUCAACAGCCAAAUACAAUUAUCAUUGUGGCACCACAACAGCCAGUACAAGCCCCAAAACAGGAGAAAAUCAAGCUACGUGAGAUUCGACCAAAGAUCCCUGGCAAUGACAAAUGUGGACAGUCCAAUGGUGUGCGACCUGCAACCAAGAUUCAGGCCAAGGCUCAGCCUAACCCCCAGGUUGUCAUGCAGAGAAGAGCAAUGGAGCAAAAGAAACAAAAUUUGAUCAAUGUUGCCAGAAGAAUGGUGGCAGAAAUUUCAAGGGAACAACUCCCUUUCCAAGACGAUGAAGGUGACACUUACCUUCAUGUGGCUGUUUGCAAAACAGAUUCCAACAUGGUGCUGGCUCUGUUGGAGCGACUGAUGCGUGAAAAUCUCUCUCAGAUGAUUGAUGUUGAAAACAAACACAGACAGACACCUUUGUACUUGGCUGUUGUUGCAAACCAGCCUCAGAUGGUGGCCAUGUUUGUUCAGAGAAAUGCUAAUCCAAACAGUAUGGCGCAGGUUGUAUCACAAGACGGAAAGUCUAUGGAAGUUAAGGCCCCUAUUCAUGUGGCAUCUUCCAAUGGUGUUGAGUUCUUAAGCACCUUAAAUGAGCUGCUCAAAUCUCAAGACCUUUCCCUCAACAUUGCAAACUCAGAAGGUCACACUGCCCUACAUUGUGCCAUCUUAGCUCAUGGACGAGCUCAGAGAAAUGGAAAUGGCUACGUGAACAGUCUGUCUAUCAUUGAGGCAUUAAUAAAAGCUGGGGCUGAUCCUAAUUCUCAGGACAAGAAGAGUGGAAAGACACCCCUAAUGUACGCCAUUGAAAAGAAAGACUAUAAUUUGGUAGAGUCAGUGCUCCGGUUAUUUGAACCCUCCAAACUCAAAAACAUUGUCAAGUCUGCCACGUUUGAUGGUAGUUCCUGCAUUAAAAUUGCUGAAGGACUGAAAAAUGAUUUUCAGCCAGACACCUGGAAAAAACUCUGGAGUCUGCUAAACAGUGCUUAUAAUGGCCAGAUUCCUUCCAGUUUGCAGGCAUUCUGAAGAAUCCUUUCUUUCCACCACAAAGCAGCUUGAAGCAGAGAUCUUGCAAUUUUCAUGUUCCAUUUUGUAAAUAGAUUCAAGCUCAUUUAUGAUAUAAGUUAUUUGUUGCUAAUCAUUUGUAAAUAUUGACGAUCUCAGAAUCAUUAUCAUUGGUCAUUUUUAUUGUUUUUUACCCUUAUAGUAAUUCUAACUGGUGCAUUCUCAUCGACAAAUGUAUAUUUCACAUCUGUGCAGAGCUAAAGUUGUUGUAGCUGGAUAAUUUGUUUGUUGUUGUGUAUUUUAAGGUACAUUCCUUAAAUAUCUGUUUAUAAUUAAGUAUGUUAGAGAUGUUGGAAUUUUUUUUUUAUUAUAUUGAGGUACUUAUUAAUAUUGAACUAGAAGGUUUUACAUAAAUAUAAAAUAUUUGUCUACAAGGAUAUUAAAUGAAGAAGAUAAAAUUGAUAUUCUACAAUUUUAACCUUAAAAACAAACACAAUCCUUCAAGAAACACUUAAAAUACAGACACUGGUUGUACAUGUAUAAUAUGUUCAAUUACAUGCAUAUGCAAUUUGUUUCCAUGACAUUCUAUAAAUAGACAAAAUAACUCUUGUUGAUAGUUCAAGAAAUGUUUGUUAAUGAACACAAUUACUGCUCAUUCACCUUGUAGAUAUUUUACCUUGAAUGUUGCUUUUAAUAUGUACUUGUUAUUUUGUCCAGAGUUUUAUCUUUAAUGUUACGUAAUGACUAUGUAUUUUUAAAUGCUCUUAAGGAACUUCAAACAGAUAUAUUUGUUCUGUUAAAAUGCUAUAAUUUUGUCUGUAUUCUUUGCUGCAUUCAGUGCUACAUGGCUAUUGUUGGUAUCAGAAUUAAGUGCUUUGGACGAGGCCCUGGGUAUAUAUUUGGAGUUUUUCUGUGGCCUUGACCUUUGUUGUACAGAUAUGUUUAAUCAUUAUUUGUGGGUCUGUUAAAAAAUGUGAUUAAAUAAGUACUAUUUUUUAUUAAAAUGUGCCUAUUUUUAAAGAGAUAACUUCUAUAUAUUUAUAUUGUGAUUUACUAAAGUCUGAAUUUCCUCUGUUGCUACUGUUCCCUCCUUUUAAUCUUUUGCCACGAAAUGGUAUCUCUAAUUAUGCCUUUAUGAAAUUUGAAGAUAGGUUAAUUUUUUAAAACAGUCUGUAACUUUGGAUGAAAUGUAACUAAAACUAAAUCUGAAAGAAACUUGGCAUUGCACAGAAUGGUUUAUCAUUAUGUAAAUGAGGCAGCAGCAUGAAAUAAAACACAAACUCACA